AAAAGAUUUUGUAAUGCAAUUUGUUGUUGUUUGUUUUAAACAUAUUUUAGCCUUGAUUCCGUCACAAUGACGUUUCAAAUCAAACUUAUUUCCAGGCAAUAUUUUUGUGAACUUACAAAACUUGUUAAAAAGAAAAAAGAAACUGAACUGAAACUGAAAAAGAACCCCAACCGGCCAUGAUUAGAAAGCAAAUGGCCAUCCAUGAAUCUAAGGUUACGAAGCGGGAAACGCAAGCCAGUUCGAAGGAUCAAGAAGACAGACUUCUUUUAGACGAUCUCUACCUGGAAAUGCUACACCUUAUUGAGGACAGAGAGCUACUCCAUCUGCAGGUCAGCAAAGAGUCGUGUAGAGCUCGCCUACUCCUGGCCAGGUUGAGAUUGCAACAGGGUUGUCAACAUACUUCAGCGGCAGCCCGUUUGCCCAGAACACGAUCCUACAAGGCUAUCACUAGGGUUGUAGAGGAAUCAAGAUUUUGCGGUAGAGUACUCAGGAUCUUACGAUUUCCUGUUGAUCCAAUACUGGGUUAUUUUCUACCUCUAACGAAUAUCUUUGGCUCUUUGGUGCCAACUACCUUGAGAGUGGCAAAUCGACAUUGGGAUCACUGUCUAGACCUGGUUGUAGAUUGUGCUUAUGUUCAGAGAGAACUCCAGUCGAGGAUUGCUUCCAUACAAAAGUUGCGAGACUCACUGGAUCAAAGGUAAUGCCCUUUGGUUGAUCGCAGAUUGGAAAUGAAAAUGCUAAGUUAA